GCUUAAAAUUCUAUCUGGAAUCUGAUCCUUCUCUCUAGUCGAUUGGGACUCUUUUCUGGCUGAAUAAGCGAUUAAAGACUAUUUUAAUACAACAUGCCAAAAUGGAUUAGAGCACCUAAGAGCAAUGGGGACAUUACACUAAUGGAAAAUUCUAGAAGCAAAUCUGACUCUACUGAGCCUGAUGAACAAUAUGAAAAGAUACACGAUGGAAUAGUGUGUAAGGAACGCAUUACAGAACUUCAAAAAAAGCAACAUUUGAUCAGGACUGGCAUAAUUGUGCUGUAUUUGUGUGUUCUGUUCAUUCUACUAUUUCUCAUCUAUAUAUCAGUAAAUUCACAUGCAUCUGAAGAACCAACAAAUGGAACUAAACUAAAGCAACAAAUGGAAAAUACCUUUGAACAAGACGAACAAAGAAAUGUAACUCAGUAUAACUUUAUUAAGCUUGAAAAUCACCUGAAGAGCCUACUUGAUAGCUUUAAUCUUACACUUAGCAGUUCUCUGGAAACCAUCAGGGAUGACAUUUGGAAACUGAAUACACACAUCGAACAACUGAAAAUUGACACAGACCUUAAACUGAAUAACACAAUUUCAAGACUCAGCAUCAAAGAUGACGUUAUUAGAAAGGACAUUCCUAACAUCAGGAUACAUUUGGAAAAUAUGUCUAUGGCUAUAAAACUUUUAGAGGUUAAGCAAGAGAAUAUUACACUUAAGGUAAAUAAAGAAUUUGCCACUCUGAACAUUGUCACUGAAGAUCUCAGAUUGAAGGACUGGGAGCAUUCCUUGAAAUUAAACAACAUCACAUUAAUUCAAGGUCCUAUAGGGCCACGAGGAGAGAAAGACAACAAGGGUGACAAAGGUGACGAUGGAUUGAAAGGACAACAAGGUAUUCAAGGCUCAAAGGGAGAAAAGGGAGACCAAGGUGAAAUAAACGACAAAGCAGUAGUUCGACUGAAGGGCGGUCACAACGUAAACAGCGGCAGGGUAGAGGUGUUUUAUGCAGGACAGUGGGGAACCAUCUGUGAUGACAAAUGGGAUAUCAAUGAUGGGAUGGUUAUCUGCAGAAUGCUUGGAUACAAAUCUGCUUUGAAUGUUCAUUUCCGUGCCUUAUUUGGAGAAGGUUCUGGCCCUAUCUGGAUGGAUGAAGUUGCAUGUACUGGAAAAGAAAGCUCAAUUUAUGACUGCUCUUUUUCAGGAUGGGGUAAAACCAACUGUCAGCACAUUGAGGAUGCUGGCGUAACAUGCAGAAAUUAGCGCUAAGUGAAACGCAGUAAGAUUUGAUUGGGGAUACUUGUUAAAUAAUGUAUGUUUAUUAUUUUAUUAAGAUACUUGUAAUUUAUAGUUGAUAGAGUAAAACAUAUAAUAAAUGUUUUGUUCAAAAUUUAAAUUCAUCUUAAAAUAUGCUUUCAGAAUAUUUUCUAUCUUUAAGUUUAUGUGUAAUUCAACAAAGCAUUGACAGGUAUAUAAAGAAAAUCUAUAUAUAUAAUUCACUAAGGGCACGCAAGACAGAGGGCCACACCUGCCAACUCACAGAGCCCCGCCCAC